AUGUUGCUCUGUUGGCUGGUAAUCGCACUCGCCCAAGGUGGCUGGGCUAAUCCAGAGGAUGAGCGGUGUGUGACGGCGGUCUACACGGCAUACAACUACAUAUCAUUUGCUGGCAUUCUCUCACAAGGCAAGCACAGCUGGGAAUCGCAAUGCCGGAAUCCGCUCAAGGUCGCAUCGAUAUACGCCGCAUCCGAUAUAUAUUGCAAUGAGCAGGAACGGACGAUAGGCAUGGCGCAGCUGGCUAACCAGUGCCAAGAAUAUGGGAACCUAGAGCUGCUGUCGAGGGAAGCGGUCGCCGAAAACCUGACAGACGAUGCUAUAAGGAAUAUGAGAAUUGUCGACUAUCAAGAGCUGUCCCGAGGCGAACCAGUGAAUGCGCCUGUCCUUCUUUCUGCGUCUUACUUCAACCUAAUGUUCAAAACGAUUGAAUCUUGGGAACUUGUGACUUGGUCACAUCAUGCAUUUGGUUAUAUUGGCUACGCCUAUUGGGGUGGUAUACUAUCUUUGGGGAUGGCCUAUCGCUUGAGUGAUUGGCUAUUCCAUCGCCGACAACGCCGUGUAGAGCGUGUACUCGAAUCCAAUGUAUAUCCCCUCAUGAGGUCCUUGGACGAUAUGCCGUUGGUGGGCACCGGUCUUCACUGGAUCCAGACUCAUCUGAUGAUCCCACCGCCUUUGGCAGCAUCACAUGGUCGAUACCUGCUAGGCUUCACAUUCUCCACCAGAGUCGAGGCGCUUAUAGUCGUGGGAUUCUGGACGCUCAGCAUCGUAUUGAGUGUCGUGGGCUAUCACACCUUUCCCGGAAAUAUUUACUGGCCCGAUGUCACAAGCCAGGUUCUUCGUUAUUCUGCAGACCGCACUGGGAUCAUGUCAUUUGCGAAUUUGCCCCUUCUAUGGCUCUUUGCCGGACGAAAUAAUAUUUUUCUUUGGGCCACCGGGUGGAGCUUUGCAUCGUUCAAUAUAUUCCAUCGCCAUGUGGCCCGGGUGGCUACUAUACAGGCAGUAGUGCACUCUGUCCUUUACAUUGUCAUGUUCCAUCAAACGGGCAAAGCUGCGAGGGGUAUGUCGAAGACCUAUGUUUUGUGGGGUAUUUUGGGCACAUUCGUGAUGAUUCUGCUGUUGAUCACCUCAUUGGAUCGGAUCCGAAUUGCGACAUAUGAGCUCUUCUUGAUUGCUCAUGUCGUACUUUCGAUUCUCACCCUUGUCGCGUGCUUUUACCAUACCAUUAUAUUUGAAGGAAACGAAUACUGGAAGUACCUGUGGCCCACGGUAGCUUUAUGGGUCGUUGAUCGAUUCCUUCGAAUUGUGAGGUUGUGUUACUGUAACCUUCACGUGAGUCUCUCAAACAGACUUGUGAAAGUUUCUGAGAGCCAUAUGGUUUACGACGAAACGGCCGACGUGGUGCGAUUGGAGGUCAUACUAGGAACGCCUUCACUGCAGCCUUCACCAGGGCAGUACUACUUCCUAUACCAGCCAUUUAGGCUUACCGGCUGGGAGAGCCAUCCUUUUACCGUUGGAGCAUGGUCUUACGAAAUAGGGGACCAGACAUCAUUGGCGCCAAAAAACGAGGGAAAAUCAACUAGAUCGCUUGAUGUUUCGCAUGUGCCGCUUCUUGCAGGCGGUCCCUCCGAUCAAGAUUAUCCAGAAAGCUCAGAAAACAUGUCGAAGCAGGAGAAAUUGUCGAAGUUGAACUUGACUUUCUGGGUCCGCCCGUAUGACGGUUGGACCAGACACUUGCGCCAGCAAUGUCUGAGCUCACCAGCCAAGACUAGCAAAACGACCAUUCUUCUUGAAGGCCCAUACGGAGAAACCUUUCCCCUGUGGAGGUAUGAAUCAGUCUUGAUUAUCGUCGGUGGGACAGGAAUAGCGUCGGCUGUGCCUUAUAUUCAAGAUCAUCUCCGCCGGUCUGUUGAAGACUGGGACGAAAGCCCCGAAAUGGAGAAGACACGAGUGCGAGACAUGGAGCUUGUUUGGACCACCAAACAAGCGGCGUUCAUAAGAGAUGUCUCUCGCCGGGAACUGAAACGUGCCCUCAAACGAGAGGACUUCAGCGCCUCUUUUUAUGCUACGCGUGAUUCCACCGCAUCCUCUGAAGAUCCUACCGAUUUUGGAUUCGAUAUCCAGUCAGGUCGACCCCACCUUCAAUCCCUGAUCAUGAGCAGGGCCUGCGAUGCAUCCUCGGCUGGAAGUAGCCUUGCGAUCCUCGUAUGUGGCCCACCCAGAAUGGCGGAUGAAGCGCGCGCCGCGACACAUCUUGCGAUGCGACAGGGCCACCGCUCGAUCAAAUUUGUGGAGGAGUCUUUUACGUGGUAG